GCCCUCCGCCGCACGCGCCGCCCGCGCGGGGAUUGGGCUGGCGGCGCUGAGACGAAAAAAAAAAAUCCCCCUGGCAGGCUCGAGGGGCAGCUGACAGCGUCGGUCCGCGCCAGACGCCCGCCGGGAGGGACUUUCCCCGCCAGAAAACCAUUAGGAACUUCACGUUCGGGUGAAGGAAACGGGCUCGCAGGGAGGUCUCUCAGAGCCGCGCCUCAGCGCCUCAACUUCGGAGCCCGCAGCCCCUGCCCCCGCCUCAGCGCCUCAGCCCUCGAGCCGGCCGCGCCUGCCCGCGCCCCGCACCUCAGCUCCCCGGCGUCGGCGGACGGAGGAGCCGCCUCGGCGGCGCGCCCAGACCCGGAGGGAGGCUCCGGCCAGCGCGCGCCAUGGGCCGGCCGGCCGCCUAGUGUCGCGCGGCCGCGAGCGCCCGGACGGCGGGGCGGCGGGCCACCAUGAACGGCGAGGCCAUCUGCAGCGCGCUGCCCACCAUCCCCUACCACAAGCUGGCCGACCUGCGCUACCUGAGCCGCGGCGCGUCCGGCACCGUGUCGUCCGCCCGCCACGCCGACUGGCGCGUCCAGGUGGCCGUGAAGCACCUGCACAUCCACACGCCGCUGCUCGACAGUGAAAGAACUGAUGUCUUAAGAGAAGCUGAAAUUUUACACAAAGCUAGAUUUAGUUACAUUCUUCCAAUUUUGGGAAUUUGCAAUGAGCCUGAAUUUUUGGGAAUAGUUACUGAAUACAUGCCAAAUGGAUCAUUAAAUGAACUCCUACAUAGGAAAACUGAAUAUCCUGAUGUUCCUUGGCCAUUGAGAUUUCGCAUCCUGCAUGAAAUUGCACUGGGUGUAAACUACCUGCACAAUAUGAAUCCUCCUCUACUGCAUCACGACUUGAAGACUCAGAAUAUUUUAUUGGAUAAUGAAUUUCAUGUUAAGAUUGCAGAUUUUGGUUUAUCAAAAUGGCGCAUGAUGUCCCUCUCGCAAUCAAAAAGUAGUAAAUCUGCACCAGAAGGCGGGACAAUUAUCUACAUGCCACCUGAAAACUAUGAGCCUGGGCAAAAGUCAAGGGCCAGUGUCAAGCAUGAUAUCUAUAGCUAUGCAGUUAUCACAUGGGAAGUUUUAUCCAGAAAACAGCCUUUUGAAGGAGUCAUCAAUCCUUUGCAGAUUAUGUAUAGUGUAUCAAAAGGACAUAGGCCUGAUAUUAAUGAAGAAAAUUUGCCAUUUGAUAUACCUCAUCGAGCACUUAUGAUUUCUUUGAUAGAAAGUGGAUGGGCACAAAAUCCAGAUGAAAGACCAUCUUUCUUAAAAUGUUUAAUAGAACUUGAACCAGUUUUAAGAACAUUUGAAGAGAUAACUUUUCUUGAAGCUGUUAUUCAACUAAAGAAAACAAAGAGUGCUUCAAGUACUAUUUAUUUAUGCGACAAGAAGAAAAUGGAAUUAUCUCUGAAUGUACCUUUAAGUCAUCGUCCUCAGGAGGAAUCAUGUGGAUCCUCUCAGGUUUAUAAAAGUAAUGGUUCUUCUAAUACCUCAAGAACCCUGUCAACUCUUCAAUACAAUGAAUAUUUACCUAGAAAAACAGAAGAGAAUUCUAUGCUACAUCACUGUUCGGGGACUCACAGCUGGGAUGGUAAUGUUUCUGCAGCUCAGAACUCAACACUCUGUAAUCACAAGACCUCCCCAUGUUCCCUAGCAAUGACAAAUCCACUCUUAGUUGAAGGGAGUUCAGAGCGAUUACAGCCUGGGAUUGCCCAACAGUGGAUCCAAGGUAAAAGGGAGGACAUUAUCAACCAGAUGACCGAAGCCUGCCUUAACCAGUCACUAGAUGCCCUUCUGUCCAGGGACUUGAUCAUGAAGGAAGACUAUGAACUGAUAAGCACCAAGCCAACAAGGAGCUCAAAAGUCAGACAGUUACUGGAUAUCACUGACAUCCAAGGCGAAGAAUUUGCCAGAGUCAUAGUACAAAAAUUGAAAGAUAAUAAGCAAUUGGGUCUUCUGCCUUACCCAGAAAAUCUUACAGUUCCGCAACCACCAUCUUUAAAUUUAUUUCAGAAUAAAAGUUUAUAGGUGACUCUUGAAAGAAGAAAAAUUUAUUUUUUAAAAAGUAUAUUUUAUAUUUGUAUUGCCUUGAUCAAAAUUGUAUUUUAUAAACCCAUUUUAGUAUUAGAAGCUUUUAUGAAGUUUCUUCUGGUAAAUUAUCUUUUUCUCUUUCCAUGACAAUACAGUAUUUUUAGUUAUGAUAGUUUUCAUUUUUCUAUUUAGUUUAAUAUUUGUCUCUUUCAUUAAUUGAAGCUGUUUUUAAAGUAAUAUAUUAUUCUUGUAUAUAACAGUAUAUUGCUUCUAAUAGAAGCAAUGUCAUUUAUUUUGUUGUGGAUUAUUUAUUACUUGUCUAAAACACAGUUGGCCUUAUGAAAUAUGCCCUCGAAGCUUAGUAGUACAGCAUUCCUCCCCUACAUUCCCAGGUUCAAGUCUUCAGAGAAGAUUUAAAUUAAACUCUUCUAUUCAGAUGGCAUGAUUGAAUUGUUUUUUAAGUGUUUCAAGGGUAAAAUAAUAACAAAGUAUAUCAAGAGAAAAAUUCACCUUUUAACAUUAGUUUUUGUCCACACGCCUAAUCUCAGUCUUCUCCAUCAUCACUUAGAAUUACUAGAAUCUUUCUUCUUGUACAUAUAGUAUACAUAUCUGACAAAGUCUUAAUAUUUUCCUAUGAUAACAUAGUGAUUUUUGCACUUGUAUUGUGUAUAGUCUAGAUUAUUCUUAGUUAUAACUCAUUGUCACUGUCACUGUCAUCAC